AUGAGCCGUCCAUGUAUAAAGAAUAGUCAAAACAAGGAGAGUGAUUUAGACAGAAGGGUAAGAGUUGAAGAAGAAAACAAGAGACAUGUUCUAUUAAAAAAUGAAAACUCUAUUAAAGAACGGGAAAAAUUGGGAUUUCCACCAAAGUACCCAACAUUGACGACAUUAGAAGAUUCCACAAAUAUAUCCAAUCUUGCGCCAGCGUCUUUACUCAACCGACUUGAAGAGAGAAGGGGUAUUGACAGACGGAAGCCUCAAAAUAUGUCUCCGGGGGACAUUAGUGCAUUCAGAGAAGGUUCAAACAUAGCACCUCCGGAAACCUUGAAUAAACCAUUACCAAUGCAUGUUAAAUUCAUUAGUGACCAAGUAAUUCGAGGAAGGUUUGCCGCAAGCCUAAAAAGUGAGAACUAUCAGUCCAAACAGCUAUUAAGGACUUCGAUAUUUCCACAACUUGAUAUGCUAAAUACCGGACGUUUAACUGGAGAUGACAAAAUUGCACAAAGUUACAUGUAUACAUCAAGUUAUCAAGCAGCAUAUGGAAACCGAUCGAAUUUUUACGGAAAUACGUGCCGACGCUUAUACCCUAUAAAAAGUUCCGAGGCUGUUGCAGACCCAAUUAGAGGUCUUUUGGAUAGUGAUUCAUAUUACCCUGCUACCAAGUCAUGGAUACCGGAACUAUUCAAUCCAGUUCAAUAUGAUCAAAAACAAGCAAGAUAUCUUCAUAUAAAAGAAGACCGACCAUAUGAAUUUUGUUCUUAUAAUUCACGAAUUAAUCAAAUUCCUGGUUACAGUGGAUCGUUUUGUACGGGCGAAAAACGUAUUGAUUUAGAUAACCCGUACCAUAAAUACAAAUCAUUGAAUUUAGUCCGUCAAGAUAUUCCUCAUGAAUAUGUAUUUGAUCUCAAUUUAAAUUUGCCAGGAUAUAGUGGUUAUCAAAGGAAGGAAAUGAGAAGCCAUGAUUUAGCAUCAUUAGUAUCAGUCUGUUGA